GUGGUGGGGAUCUCUUGUCCGGCCGCAUCCUUUUCCUCUGUACCGAGUGCAUGAGUGAAACCGAGAUCCAGCUGCUUCGGAAAGAGCUCCGGGCCCUCCAGACUCAGGUGGCUCACCUUCAGAUUCGGGUUGCUGAACUUGAAGGGUUUGAGGUUGUGUCCGGCGUGGGUGACUACGAAGGGUACCCUCCUCAGCCCGAAGAGACCGGGUCUGCUUCAGCGUCAGCCUCCCCGAGUGUGCCUGUGACUUCGUCUACUCCAAGUCCGGCGGGACCUGUGGUUGAAGAGGCCAGCGAAGGACAGACCUGGGAGUUCCGCCUGUCUGUUGCCAGGGAGAUAGGAGGGUUCUUGAGGCGCUCCUUGGAAGGUGUAAGUCAGGGAACUUCAGGAAGACACAAGGUUUCAUUGAAAAGCCGGCUCUACAUUAUCAUCAGGGACCGGGCAGGGAAUAUCUACACGGACCCAGUGAAGAUCGUGCGAUCGUGGCGAGAAGCCAAGGCUCUUGUUGACAAGGAGGGCGACCUGGGCAACUCAGUGUUCGUUGGCCUAAUGUCGGAAGAGAGUGAUCAAGACGAGGGCGUUGACGCCCGGAGCUCCCUCGUCUUCAAGGAGAACCGGACGAACAAUUCUUACAAGGUGGGAUCGCUUGCGGGCUCCGUAGCCGGUGAGACUUCUGCCACUGUGUGCAUCGCAGAGCUUGGUGGUAGGCUGAUUGUAGCUGUACCUGGAACUGCCUGGGCCAAGAAGGUGGCCAAGCGAAAGUUGGAGAAGAGCACCCUCGGCAAAGCCCUUGGCGUGGACGUGGUGGGGUGUUCUAUAUCUGACUUGGAGAGUCCUCUACCUGAAGUGGUCAUCAAAGCAUGGGUGGGCGUACUGUCUAUGCACGACGAGGCUCGGAUCGAGUUCACGGCCGAGCCCCCGACCUACAACUUUGGGGAUGGGAUUCUGCCGUACGGGGAGGCCCUUGUACGGGUGGCGGACGAGCACUUCGCCUUCACCACUGCGGAAUCCGGAGGGGGCGGCGACGGGAUCUUCAAGCGGAUGUCGGUCGUCGAGUCUGGAUUGGCAGACAUGCGCGAGAUGCUGCAGACACUUGUGAGCCAGAAGGUUGGGGCCUCAGCGACGACCGCGACGGGGGCAAAGCCAAAAGCUCGGGCGACUCCUGCAAAGAAGAGAUCGGAAACCACCGCCCCGCAGCCAGCUGGAGAUCUGGGAGGCUUGGACAGGGGAACUCUAGCAGCGGCAAGGUCAGCAGGGAUUCCGGAAGACAGCCUCAAGGAGAUGGCUCGGUUGAUAGGGGCGAAGCGGAACAAGGUCGAGGAGAUCACGAUUCCGGAGGCGCUGGAGGAAGACGACGGGGCCGGCAUCGACGGAGACUUUCUCGACGAGCCUGGCGACCUCGAGGAGACUGCCGAGCUGGGGGGCAAGGACUUGAUCGAGACCGCUGUGGUCCAGCUCACUCGGCUUGUCAGCACCCUUGCUCAGGACAAGCAGAAGAAGGGUCAGGACCUCGAGGCUCUUUUGGAUCAAGCACCUGGGAGCAGCUCGGCUUCGGACAGCACCUUCUCGGGGGCUCGCCGCAGCCACGCUACAGCGCUGAGGGCUCUGACCAAAGCCUUCAACGAGAGCCCCAGACUGAUAUUCGAAGCCAUCGAGGGCCAGAUGGAGAAGGAUUUCAGUCAUACUCCGGCGGCUCUGAGCUCAGGAGUGUGUUCGGCCAGGGCCUGGCUUUGCAGUCGGUCUCGCAUGGGCAACUUCCAGAACCACGUGAGGUGGAGCUGGCAAGUCGGAGGCAUACUCGACGAGCUUGCUGCUGGAGAACCGGAUCGAGCCCGAGCCCGAGCAGCGCUGCUCCUUGCAGCCGCCGAUCAGGCAAGUAUCGACGGGGGCAGCUGGAUAAUGUCAACUGUCUCUCUUCUCGAGCCAUUGCCGCCCUACCACGAGUUUUCGAAGCAUUCCCUACCAUCCCCAGCGGAGGCCCAAGUCAGUGCUCUCUACGAUCCGAGAUGGACAGAGAUUUUCUUGGGCAGCCUGAAGGACAGGGAGAGCUACAACGAGGCAAAGAGGAAGCUUCAGGCCGCAGACAGAGGACGCGGGCACACAGCCCAUCAGAGUGCGGACGAGCCAUCUGGCGGCCAGCCACCCAAAGGGAAAGGCAAAGGCGGCAAGGGCGCGGGAGGUGGUUCGGAGCAGAAGCCCGACAAGCAGUAG